AUGGAGCUCUCUGAAAUUCAAUCAAUCUCCACCAAAUCCCCCGAAGAAACCCGCGAUUUUUUCGCAAAAUGGAACGCGAAAUCGCAAAAAGUGUCGGAAUUCUCGGAUAUCGAUUAUUUCACCCGUCAGGAAUUCGCGAAAAUUGUUGCGAAAUUCAAAAAUUCGCCGGAAAUCUCUGCGAUUCUCAUCGAAACUAUUCGAUUGAUUAGUCGAGACAAAACUGGAAUUGAGACAAUGAUGAGUGAUGAAUUGUGUGAUACAGUGUUGAGUUAUGCAAAUUUGGUGGGCAAAAGGAAGGAUCAAGAUGUGGAAAAUGUUAAAAGUGAGUUUUUUGGGGGAGGAAAAUGA